CUGCACUACGGGACCCUCAUGGGCAGCAGAGCUUGUGUCAAAAUGGCAGCAGCUGCCUGGGGCAGCAGUUUUCUCAAUGCUGUCCUGCACACUGCGAACACAUUUUCAAUACCACUCUGCCAAGGCAACACAGUGGACCAGUUCUUCUGUGAAAUCCCCCAGAUCCUCAAGCUCUCCUGCUCAGACGCCUACCUCAGGGAGGUUGGGGUUAUUGUGGUUAGUAUCUGUUUAGGCUUUGGGUGUUUCAUUUUCAUUGUGCUGUCCUACAUGCAGAUCUUCACUGCUGUGCUGAGGAUCCCCUCUGAGCAGGGCCGGCACAAAGCCUUUUCCAUGUGCCUCCCGCACCUGGCCGUGGUCUCCCUGUUUGUCAGCACUGUCAUGUUUGCCUACCUGAAGCCCCCGUCCCUCUCCUCCCCAGCUCUGGAUCUGGUGGUGUCUGUUCUGUACUCGGUGGCGCCUCCA